AUGAGCGAAUCUGGCGAUGACAGACCACCAGCAGAUGUUGGAGGGGAAGAUCGACCUUCCGAGAAUGAAGAUCAACUCAACGAUCUAAACGACGACUUUGCAGAUCGCGCCUCGAAGCAUGCCGCCGACGCAGAUGACUCUGACGACGAAUCACUUCUGUCUGAAGUCGAUGAAGCUCAAUUCGCCGACUUCGAUGCUUCUGCUGUCCAGGUGGCUCCUGACUUCGACACCCUCAACAAGAGCAUCAAGGUCACAAAGCGGAAACGAGUCGAAGGUGAAGACUUGCCGCAGAAGAAGAAGGGGGUAACCCGAGAGAAGGUUCGAAAAAACAAACGGAGACGCGGUAGCGAUGAUGGUUUUUCUGGGGGUGAAGAGGUCGAGGGUAAGAGACGAAGGGCCAGGGGUGGAGCAGAUGGCGAGAGGAAGCCUCGACCUGCACGAGUUGAAAUCAACGAUGAAGAUUUGACACCGGAGGAGCGCAGACGACGCGCGCUCGAUCGGGCUAUGGACGCAGCGGUCAAGAAGUCAUCUGGCAAGAGGAUCAGAAAGGGCGAAAUCGAUCUCGAACAAAUGGCAGACCAGGAGAUCGAAGAGAUACGGAAUCGCAUGGUCGCAGCAGCAGAGGCUGAUGGAGAUUUAGUACGACAAAAUCUGCCUGCCUCUCAGAAGCUGAAGAUGCUGCCGGAAGUACUUUCUCUGCUCAACCGCAACACUUACGUCCAGUCUAUUUUGGAUCCAGAAACCAACCUCUUAGAAGCAGUUCGAUUUUUCUUGGAGCCCUUGACAGACGGCAGUCUUCCAGCAUACAACAUCCAGCGUGAACUACUUGCAGCACUUGCCAAACUGCCGAUGAACAAAGAGACUUUGAUUUCUUCUGGCAUUGGGAAGGUGAUCCUCUUCUAUCGAAAAUCGAAGCGUACCGAGCCAGCCAUUAAACGGCAGGCAACCAAACUGAUGGAAGAGUGGUCGAGGCCGAUCUUGCAGCGAAGCGAUGACUACACCAAGAAGACCUGGGCACGUGCAGCUUACGAUCCUACAAAGAAGCGCGACGAUAUCCAAGCUGCAUCAGUAUUGGUUCCCAAGGCGAAAAGUAAUGUAGCACCAGGACACAGGCCGAGCAACCGGGCAAGAUUGCUGCCCGGAGCCACGAGCUACACCAUUGUACCAGAGGUUUCCAUCGUUCGACGUUGA